CGCACACACUCUCGUACAAUCCCACGGUUGACGGUCUGGUAUGUUUGGGGGGGCUCUACUGGUGCUCUCUUGCUCGCCUCGUCCGCCGAAAAAGUAAGAUGGCCGCGGCGAAAGUAGCGUACGUCGUCGUCGUUGCAGCCAACAGCAGCAGCCAGCCCAGGAGAGUGUGCUAGCCGCCCGUGCUGCUAGUGUGAUAAUAUAGUAUGCUCGGCCUCGUAACGACAAUCGCCGAUCAUCGCUUCGAGCACAACGAGACUCGGACAAAGGUCUGCGGGCUAUUGUAGAUGACUGAUCACUUCCAGAGCUGAGGAAGACACACAUGUAGGCGGCUCCAACGGCACCGGCCAGGCCGUUUUUGUUUUUUGGUUGCUUUUUGUUCGCCGUCGCUCUCGUGCCAGAGAGUAUGUGUGUGUGACACACUGACAGUGGAAGCAAGAUCAGUGAAAAAACUAGUGCGGCUUGUUUUUUUUUAUUUUUUUUAAUUUUUUUUAUUCAUUACUUUCCGUUUGUGGACCAUGGAGCCUGGUGGCUCCAGGUGAGGAGAGGCAGUACAUCACAGUGAAUUUUUUCUUUGGUGAUAUUGUGCUAAGAUACAGUGCUGGUUUGGACAUCGCUUAGUUCUACUGAUCAGGAGGAGAACGACAAAGAAGGACCACACCGACGAGCCGAUGUCCUCCAACCGGGGACUCGGGCUUGAGACUAGCAGCAGCAGCAGCAGCAGCAGCCAAAGCAGCAGCGGAAGGACUCGAGGCUCCGCCACAGGCGUCCGCCGCUCUGAAUGUCUUCGCACAUCCAGAAGUUGUGCGCGGUGAGGCUCUCGGUGUAUACACUCUCAGUACUACUUGGCGAACGAUGAUCAGGCAGAGGUGGCCGCACUAUGUGCGUCGGUGACGAUCUUCUCGUUGACGCUCGUUCCAAUGGCCGCCGCGUUCGAAUGAUCAUGCAGGAUUAUGACGGGCCGGCUAGUAUGAGAUUUGGCCUUCUCGUUGACGGGCGUUGCGCCGAGUUCACGAUCGUUGAGUUGUUAUCUGUCAGAGUGAUACUCGUCUCUCUCUGUGCAAUGAUGUUAUGUUUUACUGAUGAUAUCUCAUAGGAAAACACGACAUUUAUUUAUAAUCCGGCACAAUGGUAAAUAACAUCAUUGCAAAGGGGCUUGAAGCGACACUGAGCGACAGCAAGAAGAAGUACAUCGACAAGGUGAACGCACUGUUGGCCGCGUGGGAGCAGGUGACGAGUUACGUCGCUAACAGCCCGGACACGUCGGAGUACCUCAUAGAAUGGGCGAACGAGCACACGCUCGAGCUGGUAUUGCGCGGCGAGUGGCCGAAGCUCGCACCGGCUCACAAGACCCACCUGAACGUCACGCUGCAGCGCUGCGCCAGCCAGCUCGCCCAGAAGCAGCAGCUGGGUCCGAGCAAACGCUGUCUGGCUCUCUCCGAGUUCGUUCAGAAUCCCUGGUCCAAGCCGGGCCUCGAUCGCAUACUCAACGGCCAGUCUGCCGCGGCCGGCUCCGAGCAUGAGGAGGACGAGUUCUGCUGUCAGGAGAGCGGCCAGCUGCUCAACAUGAGGCUCAAGAUUCUCUGCGAGGAUCGCUGCGAGGACAUUGCGGUCAACCUCGCCGCGGCCUGCGUGCGCUCGCUCAGCCGUAGCGACAGGCUCAGCCAGCUCUCCGCGCCCAGCCACGUCCAGUACAUCAUGGACGUCUACAUUGUUUUGCUCUACAAGCUCAAGCGCACCCACGACAUUGUCGCUCAACUCAAGCUCAUGGAUCUCAAGGACGGACUCGAGAUGAUGCAGAGGCUGAGCGGCGAGAAGCCGACUAAGUACGGCACCGCCCGAGUCUGGCGAAAUUCGGGCAAGGCCGCCGGCCUGGUCGCCCAGUACCUCGUAACGACAGGCAUGGUCAGGCCUAUCGCCGAGGUGGGCCCGGCCACGCUCGAGCAGAUUCUCAACUCCUGGGCGCUGCUCCACGCCAAGUCCAAGGAUCAGGUGGCCACGCUGCCCGGCAUCAUACGCAAGCUCAUCGAGCCCGCCGAGAGCGCCCAUCAUAUCUAUAUUUUUUGCCAGAUCCUCGUGCGACACUUCGGCGAAGCGAUAAAGCCGCUGGUGAUCGAGCUCUACAUUCGCGCCCUCACCACGGACAUGAACGAGCUGGAGAACCAGAAAUCCAAGGCCAAUAAGGAGAAGGUCCAGGAGACCGCUCAGAGGCUGAGCCAGGAGUUCCUCAGGCUCGCCGACUACGUGAGCGACAGUAUCGGCACGGCGAGCGAGUGCGUCCUCACCGCGUUCUCGCUGCACCCGACCAGAGCCUGCUACGACCGCAUCAAGGAGCUCGCGAUUGCCUGCGGCAAGGUCAGCCGAGAGGAAUUAGACUUCGAAGGUGUGAAGAUUAAGACGGAGCCAAAGAUCGAGGGAGAAGAAAAACUUAAUGAGACUGAAUCGGUGACGGAGCUAAAUUGCACUGCCACCCAAGCGUUGACGGAGGAUGAUUCGACGAGGAUAGUGGAAUCAACGUCGACGAAAGUUGAAACGAGCGAGGUACAAAUCAAGAAGGAGCCCGAUCAAGAUAUAGACGUUUCAACGACGACAAUGUCGACACCGAGCGUCGAGAAUAGUCAGGACGAGCCGAUUUUGGUCAAGAGUGACCCUGCGACCGAUUUGGCCGACUGCGACGAAAAGGCCGUGGCCAGUCAGGUGCUGAACAGCGAGAAGCUGGGAUUGAGUCCUCAACUGUACGACGACCUCGCUGUGGUGCUAAGCAGUCAACGAUAUCACGUUCUCACCUGGUGUCUCGAGUGGAAGGAGCUCAGCGAGCUGUGCGAGAGGUAUCUAGAGAACGCGGAGGAGAUGCGCAACACGAACAAAGAGCUCAAGUACCUGAACAUCGAUUACUCACAGUUCAAGGAUCAGCCGUACGAGUAUGAUCCGCGGGACAACCAUUACGGUAUCGAGAAGGGCUACGAGAAGUGGAACGAUUCGGAUUACUCAGAAUCCGAGGCCGCGAACGGAACUCAACAAAGUCUCGGGGAUAGUUCGGAUACCGAUAGUGAGGCUCUCGUGGUGCAACCGGUGAAACGCGGCCGGCCGAGAAAGGUGCAGCGACUCGAUUCCUCUGAGAGCGAGUACGACCGCAAGCCUAGUCAAAGAUUCAAGAAAGGGCUCCUAACCAGCUCGGAGAGCGAUUCCAAUACCCAAGAUAGCCAAACAGAUAGCUUGGGAAGCGACGGCUGCAAGAAAAACAUGAGGAGAAUCACGAAAAAGAAGACGUGCAAUGGAGCUGCUAAGAAGGUGACGAAACGCCGGCCAAAGAAGACGAAAAUAACCGUAGACUCGGUUUCACACUUCGAUAUUCUCGUCAACGAGAACAUCCGGCCGAGCAGUGGUCUCGACGGUAUUGGCGACAACAGUAGCAACGAUAUUAUGACCAUUUUCUCCGCUGAUAUGGAUGAAAACAACCGCGAAACUAUCAAGGGUUCGGCGGCUUUCAAUGCAGCGAAUCUCAUAAUGGAGAAGCGUACUAAUCCCGAGGUUAUCAAGACCUUGCGAAUGUACAGGCCAAAUAACAAGAAGCUCAGCCAGAUCAACCAGAAAAAUGCAAUCUGCAAAAACAACGUCAGCAUAAAGAAGGAGAACAACAACGUGAGCGAGAACAACGCUAACGGGCUGACGACCAAGUUUGCACCUAUGCUCAGUACGCUGAAUCUCAAUCCGAAGAUAUCGUUGCGAAGAGUCGAUGAAAUCGAUAAAAGGAUCGUCAUUCACAGGAGGCAGCAACAGGCACAAGCUGUAAAUGCCGGUGCCUUGAGCAACAGGAUUCGUAAUAUUCAAAAGACCAUGUCGUUGAGCAAAGGUUCGCUCGCUGGAUUCUCCAAGCAGAAAGCUUUGGCCAAAGGCCCGACCCAGCCGCGAAGCAGAACCAAGUCGAAGCUGGAGGAAAUGUUGACCAAAAAAGUUCCGGGUAUGCACUCGAUGGAGUUCUCGGUACUGCCGCGCGUACAGUCGACGGUCCACGUAGUGCAAUUGUCGCGGAACGUUUCGCAGAGUCCCAACUCUACAGCGUCGGGCAACACACCUCCGCGAAAUCGUAGCAACAUCCAGUUACCGGGUACUCCCUCGUCCGGUGGCCACGAUAGUGGAGUGGGUAUGAGUCCAGCAGGCCAAACACCGCCUCCGCCAACGAGGUCUUCUUCCCUGCAGGAUGUCGGCGAAGAGGCUAACCAGUCGCCAGAUACCUCGCCUCUCAACUCAACUAAUACCUCCUCGACUAUGGAUUCGACAGACGGCACUAGGACCGUCGCCCUGGCAGUUUUAAAUCAGAGAGUUGGCUCAAACCAGUCACCCAAGAAGUCGACCUCGCCUUCGACCAACAACGCCUCAACGGUCAAUACGGAGCAACAGCUAUUGCUACGUAAGCCGGAUGGUACCUUACAAUUGGUAACUCCAGGCAUGGUCACUACUGGUCAGAGAAGCAUUCUUUCACUGCAGAACUUCGAGGAUGGAAAUAUCGGCUUUGCGAGGCAGGUGCCAGUGGCUUCAGUUGCCGGAACUGAGAUAAAAACUAUACCUGCUCAGGCAAACAGAAAUACCGGUCUGCCGAAAUUUCAGCAGGCUUUUGGCAAGACUAUUUGCACUCUGUCCACCGAGUCCACGACUGUGCCAUCGUCCUCAGCGUCCGAUACGCAUGAAGCACCUGCGGCUCCAGCUGGCGCAGCUACGAAUGUGCAGCGAGCUGUCGCCGUCAAAUCGACUCCCGCUGGCUCGAACAUUACCAAGAGCGUGCAAACGUCGGUGCAGAACGUAAACAUCGCAAACAUUCCGAAUUUACAGGUCGCGGGUACUCGGCAGAUCUUGAAUAUCGUGCAGAGCGCGGUAUCAAGCGCUAACUCUAAUGUAACCACAGCUGGAGGACAGACGCUGCAGCUGUGUAGUGUUCCAAACUCGACGCCUGGAGUCAUCUACGCACACAAAGUUCCGGGCGGCAAUCCUGUUAUAUCCUUACCUGCAGCCAUCUCGAACAAUCGCUCACCUGUUCAAUUGAAGCUCAAUAUUAUAAGAACGGCACCGUUUCGGUCGGCUUCCGGAGCUGUGCAAGUUUUGACUUCGAGGAUACAACCACAGCAGCAGCAACAACAGCCGCAACAACAGCAAGCCCAGCCACAGCAACCACAGACAGUCAGGCCAGCCGAUACUCUCAUGAACUCAACGAUGGAUAUGUCGACGAACCAGGUUAGCUCGUCGACACUAGAGCAACUGCGAGAGUUUGAGAGCGUACUCGAGCAGGUGAAGGAACGCAGUACGAGCCAAUCGUCGUCUACCGACACCACAACCGUACAAACGCAGACGCAGACGGUGCAGAGCAAUACUACUGCUAAACAGCCUCAGUCCCAGCAAAUUUCGGUGAGCACGCUCGGCCAGCAAUUGCUCAUGUCCUCCCAGUCGCCCAGUAGUGCCGUCGAGUUUCCCAGUAACGGCAACACUGUCACAUUCCAGCAGCAAGAGGUGUAUCCGCAAAAGGUAGCCCUGAUGUACACAAAUCAGAACAGCGGCACGGCGACGUCGAAGGUCGUGAACUCGACGCCGGUCGUGGUCGUCACGUCGUACUGUCAACCUGCCGCCUCUCCUGCAUUGAGCGUCACCUCUCAAAGCUCCUCAAGUCCUUGCGUAACACCGGCCCCUCAGCCUGUCUCGUCCACCGGAAAAACGCAGCCGCAAUCGGCCGCGAAAAGCGCGAAAAAAGCCGCCCCUAAGACCGUCAAAGUAACAGCGCAGGCUGCCGCGAAAGCAGCACCCAUCCCUAAACCGCAACAAAAGCCACAAGAAGAUCCAGAGACGACACAGAGGAUAUAUGCAAUUCUGGGCCAGUACGCGGAGCAGCUACGGAAUUCGCCUGAUCUGAACAACAAGCCGGCACCUCGGCGUCGCUCGAAUCCACCGACAAAUCCCAAUCAGUCAUCCAAACGCAAGAAGUCUGGCUCUGGUAAGUCAUCAAAGGGCCCAUCUGGCCAACAGACUUCCGAGCCAAGUCCGAGUGCUGAAGAUAUGGGCCGCACGAUGGGUAGCGAGGAUUCGAGCGGUGGAGGUGGUGGUGGUGGAAGUGGCACGGGUAGCAGCAGUGCUAUUCUCCAGGUGCAAGAUAGUCCGGCGGGAUUUUCCGCUUCCGAGGAGACCCUUGCUAGCGGUAGCAACAACAAUAGUCAAAGUGCUGUCAACGAUAACGCAACGCUUGGGAGUGUAACGGAGACACGGUCGGCCAACUCGACGAGCGACUCGAAUGACGGAGUGGAAGUUAACGUGAAAAGGCGAAACCUCAUUUUCGCAGAACCCAAUACAGGAGGUCAAACACGGACAGUAAUCGUUCAAGAGACAGUCCAGCCAUCGAGCGUGGGCGAAACGCUAGCUUCAGUGACGAGUAAAAUGACUACGGGCACAGCAGUAUUGGUAUCAGGUACGAAUUUCAUGCUCCCCAUGAACUUUGUUAAGAGCGGUCAACAAAUUACUGUCGUCUCGGGGGGCUCAAAGCUCCUCGCUGCCGUUCCAACGGUACGCACAGCCGGCGGCGGCUCGGGCGUUUCCAACGCCUUCGUUCUCCAAUCUCUUCUAAGCCAGGCAAACAAAGUCAUACAACAGCAGCACCAGCAGAAGCAGGUCAAACUGCAGACGCAGCAAGGUCAAAUCGUCGUUCCCCAGCAGACUGUGAGCAGCGGUGGCGCAGUCAGAUUUAAUAAUGAGGAUAGUGGCGAAAAUAAAACCGAUAGCAUCAAGCUGGAGACAAGCAAGGUUACGCCAACGACGACGAUAGGACUGUUUCAGCAUUCGGGCGUGAUUACGAGUAAUCCGAACAUAGGCCAGCGGAUCUUUAAUUCUUCCAGCGUUAAAUUGCCUGUAAAGGCAACUGAGGCUGGCGUACAAGCACAACAGCAGGUCGUUUGUAUCGCAGCGCCUACAUCGGUAAAAGAACCCGAGGCGCAGAAGGUGGCCACGACAUUAGCACUAGCAUUUGCGUCCACUAAUGACACUGGUAGCACCGCGCUGCAAAUUAAGAAAGAGACGAAAGAGACUGAGACGUUGACUUGUGUCGAUGGCGAGAAGAUGAUGUCCCCAAAAACGGUUAAGAGAAAAGAGGAGCAGAGUUUCAUUGGUGUAGCUGAUGUACUUACACAGUCCAAUACGAGAGCCGAACCCACGCAACCAUUGAACAGAAAGAUAAAGCAGUCGACGUCGCCAGUACCAGCACUUACUCCAACAACCACUAGCUCCUCGAGUCUGGACACAGCGACGCAGUUUUUGGUGAGUGGCGGCCCUAGCAGUUCGGAUAGUCGGGAAUCGGCCUCGUCAACCAUCCAAAGCUCGGUAAUGGAGAGUACCAGUAUGGAUGAUGUAAAAGUGGAGAAUGGAGUAUUGUGCGGUAAUGCCAGGCUUCAGGAGGCUUGGGAACCCGAACGUAAAGGGUCGCCUGACACCCCUUGGAGGUAUACGCCGACGACGAAUGCCCUGGGUAUAGAGCCUAUUAAGGUUUACUCCCGCGACGCCGAGAACUCGGAGACCGUCCACAACAGUGUAUUACAAAUCAUCAGCAAGGGUCAGGGCAUCGAGAUGUCGAGCAGCGGUAUCUUCCAAACAAAUAAAUACCAGUAUCACGCAAUGAACAAUUCAAUCGAUUCCUUCCAAAAGUUCCCCGCUAAAAUUCUGACCAAGAGCUCACCGGCUAACAACGCAAGAGCGACAGCUGAACAUGAACACCAACAAAGGCUUCUUGAUCGAAAGCAGCAAAUGAUCGAGCGUGAACUACGGUUGCAGAAAAGUCUGAGCGAGGAGUGCGAAGAUCUGGGAGUCGAUGAGCCAAGUACGAGUGACCUCUUUCCCGAGGCAGAUCUGCUCUUCGAUACUAAUCAUUCCCCAGCUUUCGAUCAUUCCUCGCAAGAGGCUAGUUGCAGCCAGACAUUAAGUGUGACAACAACUUCGAGCGGUAUCAAGUCUUAUAGCACCUCCAGUAACACGACUUCUUUCUUCAAAUCCUUGGACACCGUAUCGAGCGUUGGUAGAGUCGCUAGUCCGGUAGUUGUAGCGGCAAAUCCAACCCCUGAACCGAAGAAGAAGGCGCCGCUGCAGAGGCGAACGCCAAAGCCAAAGCCCGAGACACAGAUGAGAAAAAACAAGAGGAGCUCAGACGGCCUACAGACCGCAGCUAGCGGCAGCACGACUGGCGGUACCACUGCCAAACAGUUAAGAUUGGGCCUGGCUGAAACUUCAAGCCAAGACGAGGCUUCCAAUAGCAAUUCGGACAUUUCCAGGUUAUCCCCACUGCCUGCAGACGACUCAUUUAAUCAGAAGGCGGCUAGCAGAAACGGAUCAAAAGACAGAGAGGGUACCCCGAGUAGUAGUAGGUCAAGUCUGCAAUCUCACGCAAAACUUGAGAUGGACAUGGAUUCAUCUCAUGCAACGGCGAAUCUGGCCUCAGCAACGUCGGACGCUACACGUCGAGUCGUCAACGUCAAUAACGUCUCGUCCACGGCAAGUUCAGGAGAGGACGACGAGGGUUUGACACUACUCGAAGAUAGCGCGGCCAGCGUUACGAUACAGUCACCUCUUUCACCAAUAGCUGGACCUCUGCUGAUGACGCAAAGAUAUACGUACGCUAACAAUAAGAGACGGCCCGCCCCUGCUAAGCAGUCACAAACGAGCGAUUUUUUCAGCAAUACUAGGACAACACUGAGCUGGGAAAGCCCAAUGUCUGAGAGAACGAGAUCAAGUACGGACAACGAUGAAGAAGAGGAAGAAGACUUAGGUGACGAAUCGUCGAGCAUUAGCGAAGCCUUUGGAACCUCGCAGCUCGAGGCAAGCGAUGGUAGCGGUAUGGGCAAUGGCCUUCAGGAGCCGGUUAAAAACGUUCCAUCCGUCAAAGUAACACCUGUUGACCAUGCGACCUACGCAGCCAAGAGAAAAACUCCAGUCCCUCGCCGAACAACGAUCAAUCACAGUGACUCAAAUAUCGGAGUGGGCAAUGCGGUAUUGAACAAAUCCGGGGGCACCAAGAGUAGCGGUACCGCCGCGAAUAGUUCAGCUGCGAAAAAGGCGAAAAUAGCAGCCACUUCAGAAACCACGGCGAUAUCAAGCAUAACGACCACAACGAGCGAAAAUGAGUCAUCGAGUCCAGCUCCUUCGACCGACAAAAUCUACGAGGUGAGUCCGUCGGACGACGAGGCGAGCACGACAACGAUAAUGAGCAGCAGUACCCUGGACGCGAGCGUCGAACACUGUUCGACGGGCCGCAGAUCAAGUUUGCGAGGUCAGGUAAAGAAGGCUUGUGGCUGCUGUAAUGGCACGCCCGAACCGCCUAAGACCAAAAAGGUCGUCGUCGCCAAGCCGCAGCAGCUCGACCAAAAUAAUAGCAAAUUGAAGAGGGCAAAGCAGCAGCAACAAGCCAAGCAGCUCGCGAAGAAGAGGUAGUCCUAGCUCCCACGCAUUUGUACAUUCUUCAUUCGGGUUAAAAUGGAACGCAGACGCUGUUGCUGCUGCUUCCACUCUUUUUCUCGUCAAGUCGUCUCCUUCUCUUCCCCCUCCGCUCGUUCUUGUUGAACUUUGAGAAAGAGUUUUGUUCCGUUAUUCAGUCGAUAUUCAGAGAAGUGAUUUUCUCUAACAAUUUUUUUUUUAAUUUUAUACUGACAACAAUUGUUUUAGUUCGUUUCAAUGUUCAAGUAAAAGUAUUUAGCUUAUAACGGAAAUUGAAUUAUUUCAUGAUACACGAAUGAAAAUGAUGAUUUCGCGUCAUCUAAAGAAUCGUUUAAUCUAUGGUUUAGUUUCAAAAAUUUCCAAAACCUUUCUUUUUUUUAACAUAUCGUGCGGAGGAUAUCCAGUGUACAUAAUCGCGUUGCGAGGAUCAUUUUUAGAGGAACAAGAAGAGCUAGGCAAAACUGUAGGAGAAAAUUUUAGAUUAUACAUAAUAAAGAAAACACUUAGACUUACCUAUGUGUAUACAGUUAUAUAUUAUAUAUAAAUAUACCACAAGAUUCUUGGAUCACAGGAGUCGGUAGUGCGUCAUCCUUUUAAAUUGUAGGUGUUUACGAUUAUAUUAGAUCAUGAGAAAUAUAUGGUGAAAUUUUGCGAGGCGAUAGCGAUGACAUAUGUAACGCGGAUGUACACAUAUAUAGUCUCCAAAUGUUGUUUUUACCGACAGUUCGACUUUUUUCGCUACUUAAGCGAUUGCUAUUCUUGUAAUAGUUUAACAGGCAUCUCAGAAUCUAACACUUUGUUUUAUAUUAUAACUAUGUAACGUUAUAAUGUACUGGAAACGACACUUGAUGAUUAGUGCUUUUCGCCAGAUUAUGGGAUGACUGAAUCUUUGUUGUAAAAAUUGAAGUGUCAGUAAUUUGGAAACCGAAUAGAGCAGAGAAGACCUUUAAGACGCUUUGUGUUUCAGAGUGGAAUUAUUAAAACAAGGGCAAAAGAACAGAUUUCAUAAGGAUUAAACUUAGAAAAAAUGCAAUCUAGUCAAGGGUGAGUGCGAUCUGCUCGUGUGUACUCGUGCAUAUUAAAUGAGUAAGCAAAUAGUGACUAAUUCAAAGGUAGUUAGGUAGAUUUUUCCUUGCAGAGUUAAGUCAGAAUUUAUACGUGUAAUUCUUACCUAUACAGUAUCCACUGUAAUCAUCGUUCAAGACAAAAUAAAAUAAAGCCUAGGGGCCGAUAUAAAGCAUAUAGGCAAACUUACAGUUGCACGCAUCAACGAAAAAUGCCACGAGAAAAACGGGUCUUACGUAUAAAGUUUACCUCUUUAUUUUUUUAUUGCCAAUUUCAGUUUCUUAGUUUUACAUGCGUUUUACAUUUCGUUAUGAAGAUAAAUUUAGUAAAAAAGAGCUAGCCCGAUGAUUUUUUUACAAUAUUUUUGAUUAUAUUAUGAGAUUAAUUUAAUUUAUUAACUUUUCUGUCACCAAAGUCAAAAAUUGACUUUCUUUUGUAUUUUUUUAUCAUGUGUAAAUAGAAACUCGUUGUUCAAAAAAAAAAUAAUAAUAAUAAAAAAAAUACUGCUCUUUCUUUUUUCAGUGACUUUUGUAAUUGCAACCUGUACUUGUAUGUCUUGAAAGAUCGUGAUCAUUACUGUACAAAUAAAUCAAAUUUAAAGAG